AUGACUACUCCUUACCCCCUUCCUCCCGACGCUGACAAGGUCCCUGAGUUCCAAUGGCGUGAGAAAUAUGACUUUCCCAGAGAUCUAGUGGGCUAUGGAGAGCAAUCCUUCAACCCACAAUGGCCCGGUGGAGCUAAGAUUGCUGUUUCCUUUGUGAUCAACUAUGAAGAGGGCGCUGAGCAUACUGUUCUGAACGGAGACUUGCACUCGGAGACACAUAUAUGGGAGGCACCCGGUGGUACUCCCGCGGUUCAGGAGCGAGCUGUGAACGUCGAAUCUGAAUACGACUAUGGAUCUCGAGCCGGUGUUUGGCGUUUGUUCCGCCUUUUCAACAAAUACAACUACAAAUACACUCUCUACGCAGUGGGGAAGGCCAUUGAGGAUAACCCUGCCGUCGGCAUCUCCUCAGUAAAGAAUGGGCACGAUGUUGCCGCACACGCUUACCGCUGGGUAGACUACGCAGGCAUGCCGCCUGAGAAGGAGAAGGAGUACAUCAAAAAGGAGAUCGAGUCACUUACCAAGACCUGUGGUGCGCCGCCAAAGGGAUGGUACUAUGGGAGACUAUCCAGCAGAUCGCAUGCCCUGGUUUGGGAAGUUUUCAAGGAGAUGGGAAUCCCAUUAGUGUGGGAAUCCGACUCUUAUGCGGACGACCUACCAUAUUGGAUUGAUGUCCCAGCUGAAAAGGAUGAGGAAAAGCCACAGGGAAUGCUCAUGGUUCCUUACUCCUUUGACUGCAACGACUAUAAAUUCAAUGUCCCAACCGGUUUCAGCUCCCCAACCGACUUCUACGAUCAUGUCAAAAAUGCAUUUGACGUCUUGUAUGAAGAAGGUUGCGAAGGGUCUCCUAAGAUGAUGACCAUUGCCCUCCACUGCCGUGUUCUUGGCAAGCCAGGCCGUUUCAUGGCCCUCAAGAAGAUCGUCGAGUACAUUGCGUCUAAGGAGGGUGUGUGGGUUGCAACCCGAACCCAGAUUGCGGAACAUUUCAGAGAGAAAUUCCCGUAUCAGCCAGGAUACUUGGCACCUGGUGUGAAGAGAGCGGAGGCACCGAGGAUGAUGAACGCUUGGCCCGAGCAUAAGCCUGUCCCAGUCUAGAUCACUAAAUUGUUUUUUAUUCACGAGCAGAUGUUAAUAACGAUCUCAUGAAUUCAUUCUUAGCUUAUUCUACUACAGUCUAUAAUUUGUAUUUACUCUCAUAAUUC